AUGAGCGCACAGACCCGCGUGCUGGACGCCGCUGUCGGGGCAGCGCACACGAUGCUGCCCCCUGCAGCGAGUGGCCACGGCGGUGGUGGCGAGGUGGAGGAGGAGGGGGUGGAGCGGCCGCCGUGGCUGGGACCUCUCUUGGCGUCUGUGCUCAUCUCCACCAUCGUGGUGGACAUCUGUGGGAGCCUGUUGGUGAUCGUGUCAGUGUUGCGCAAUAGGAAGCUGCGGAACGUAGGCAAUGUGUUCGUCGUGAGCCUGGCAGUCGCCGACCUGCUCGUGGCCGUAUACCCGUACCCCUUGGUGGUGCAAGCCAUCAUCCACGACGGUUGGACCAUGGGAGACCUCCACUGCCAGAUGAGCGGCUUCUUCAUGGGCCUCAGCGUCAUCGGCUCGGUCUUCAACAUCAUGGCCAUCGCGCUCAAUCGGUACUGCUACAUCUGCCACAGCCUCCACUACGACCGCCUGUACGGCACGCGCAAGACGCUGGCCUACGUGUCUGGGGUAUGGCUCCUCACGCUCACGGCCAUCCUGCCCAACCUCUUCGUGGGCUCGCUGCAGUACGACGCGCGCGUCUACUCGUGCACGUUCUCGCAGUCGGUGAGCACCGCCUACACCGUCUCCGUGGUGUUCUUCCACUUCCUGCUGCCCAUCGGCGUGGUGGUCUUCUGCUACCUGCGCAUCUGGGUGCUCGUCAUCCAGGUCCGCAGACGCGCGAGGAAUGACGCGCGCCUCGGACUCACCGUGGCCGACUACCGCAACUUCCUCACCAUGUUCGUGGUGUUCGUUCUCUUCGCCGUGUGCUGGGGCCCACUCAACAUCAUCGGGCUGGUGGUGACGCUGUCGUCCUUCAAGUCCGCACCGAUGCAGGUCCCCGGGUGGCUGUUUGUGGCGAGCUACUUUCUGGCUUACUUCAACAGUUGCCUCAACGCCGUCGUGUACGGACUGCUCAACCACAACUUCAGGCGCGAGUACAAGCGGAUCUUGCUCGUGGUGUGCACGCCGUGGCAGUGUUUCUUCUUGAAGGACGCGUCCAAUGAAUCCAACGAAGACCUGAAGAGCAAAUCUGCCGCGGCGGGGAAUAAAACGCAAGUCCACCGCAAUUCGGCAGAAAACAAAAAGGAGAUCCACUCGGAUUCGUCGAGGAACAAGGGGCAGGUUGAAACGGAUUCAUUUUGACCUGCCGCCAAGGUUCACUUUCGUGCAAUGAUGUACUGAA